UCGCCAGGGUACCGGCGCAAGAUCGUCGAGCACGAGGCGGGCCACUUCCUGACCGCCUACCUGCUCGGCUGCCCGGUCGAGGCCUGCCUACUCGACCCGUUGCGCGCCGCCACCGACCCGCGCUUCCAGGGCGCCGCCGGCACCGUCUUCUUCGACCCGCUCCUCGCGGACGCGAUGCGGGCGGGCAGCGUGCCUCGCUCCUCCGUCGACCGAUACUCGGUGGUGGUGAUGGCGGGCAUUGCUGCCGAGGCGGAGCUGCACGGGCAGGCCGAGGGAGGGAGGGCAGACGAGCAGGCCCUCGUGCGGCUCCUCACCUCUCUCGACGGAGGCCGCAGCUGGGACUACGCCAAGAUCACGAACCAGGCGCGCUGGGCGGCCUCCUCGGCGGCGCUGCUCGUCCGCGCCCACCGCCCGGCCUUCGACGCGCUGGUCGAGGCGCUCGCCGCCGGCCGCUCCGUGGGGACGUGCGUGAUGGCCAUUGAGGAGGCG